CUACAUCGGGGGUGGGGUCUGUGCGGGGGAGGAGAUUUGAUCUUUUAUUUAGGCACCUCUUUUGCAUGCUCUUUCAGUUCCCAACAGUUACUCUCCGGAGUGGGUGGAGCUGAUAGAUGGGAUGGUUCUCUUGCAAACCAGUCCCGUCUAUAUGCGGUGGUGGGAACCCUGCUCUGGACUGGCUGUCCCUCCCGCUUGGAUGGCUCUUGAAAGCUGAGCUGCAUCCCGGCUGACCAGCAUGGACCCGACUCCGCUACUUCCAGUUACUCCUGACCCCAGGGGCUUUAAUGAGGGGGCAACAGAGCCCAGCGAUCCUGCCUCCGAUCCCUGCGCCCUCCUUUCCGAAAGGCACUAUGAGGUGAUUCCCUGUGUGAUCUGUGGCCUCUGCUGCGUUUUUGGAGUUGUUUACUGCUGCUUCGGCUACCGCUGUUUCAAAGCCAUCAUGUUCCUCUCUGGCCUGCUCUUUGGCUCGGCUGUCAUCUUCCUGCUUUGCUACAAAGAGCGCAUCUUGGACACGCAGCUGAGCUUGGAAGUCAGCGCGGGCAUUGCCCUGGGCAUCGGUGUCCUCUGCGGCUUAGUCACGAUGCUGGUGCACUCGGUUGGCUUGUUCCUGACGGGGCUCCUCCUCGGCUUGCUCCUGGCGACGGCUGGACUGGUGGCCACGGAGCCUCUGUGCCAGCUGCCUAGCGCCUGGGUCCCCGCUGGCUCGCUGCUGGGAUCAGCCCUCUUGGGUGCCGUCUUCGCCUUGCGCUGGCAGAAAGCCCUGACGGUGGUCUCCACGGCGGUGUUUGGGGGCGCCGUGCUGACCCUCUGCUUGGACUACGCUGUGGAGAACUUGGCGCUGGGCCACCACGUGUACGACCGCCUCCGCCUGGCUCCCCCUUCCCCGCUGUGCUGGUGUGGCUGGGCUGUGCUGGCCACGUGGCCUGUCCUGGCCUUGAUGGGAAUGCUGCUGCAGUGGAAAGUGACCGCAGAGGGCUUCUCUCACACAGAUGUGGUCCUGAAUCGGCGCCAGAAGCAGCUGCAGCUCUUACGGAUCCGGCAGCGUGAAGCCAAGAAGAGGCAAAGCCAGCUUCCUCAGGAUGGCUCGUACCGGCAUAAGCCCAGCGCCGUCAAGCGCUGUGCAGGAGAUGUCCUUGCACCGAGUUAUAUUCAGAGCCUGCGCGACCGCCAGCAACUGGGAACUGGUACUUCGCUGAGCAACCUGAGUGCCAGUGCUCACACCACUGUGGACCUGGAUUACGACUCUGGCUCAACUGUUCCCCUCACCACGCCCCGUGGCUGCCUCUGAAGGAAACGGUUUCUACUUCCGCCUGUGCCUUAAACAGGGACAUAGCACAACUCUGCCCUCACUGGGGGGGUCUGAAUAUUUUUGUCCCGUGCAGUCGCUUGACUGAUAUGCAAGCACCCUCGGCUAGCCUGCUAUAUAUAUAUAUUUUUAAAUGUUCAAAAGCAGGCAGUUUCCUUUCCCAUGAGGGAAACUUGAGGCCAACAAUGUGACUGAGUCAAAGUAGCAGGAAAGAAGGGAUGUCUUUAAAUAGAAAAACAACAACCACAACAACACUAUUAAUUUAUUCCCAAUUAAGUCAAGUGAAGGAAGCAAGCCAUCUUCCUCUGUAGGGUAUCUACAGCUGCCUUGCAAGCUAUGCUGCAAUGAACUGGUUCCCUCUUAAGGUGGCUGUCCUUAACUUUGAAGCUAGUAUAGUAUCUGUCCUCUGCGGGCUCAGUUAAGCCAUAGACAUCCCCUCUUUUGGGGGAUGAAGGGGUUUAUUUGCCCUAGAGAUCUAGAACUAGCAAGAGGGUACUUUGAUUACCUUUUGGCUUAGAUGAACUGCCCUAUUUUACCUCGGGGAUAAAAUAGCUAGGGGGUAACUUGAAAUCUUCGCACCACAGGUUGGUGAGGUAAAUGGUUCUGAUCUAUGGUGCUUUUCACAACAAUUUGCUUUUUUUUUGUAUGUGGGUCAGAUGGCAGAAUCUUGUGAGUAGAGUCGCCAUUCAAUUAUCCUUUCCCUAGGGCAGUUUGGUUUGCCGAUACAAUUUCCAUAGGGAACAUUUUGACCGUCCAAAGUUAUUUGAACUACAUCUCCCUUCAUAGCAAACAUGGUCAAUGGCCUAUCAAGGGAUUAGGGGAGUUGUAGUUCAGAAACACCUGAAGGCCCGAAAGUUUACCACACCAGGGUUAUAUAAGAAGGGAAAAUUGUGCUUUUUCUUUCCCCAACCCCCAUCAAACUCAAAAGUUACCUUCCCAAAUCCUGUUCAGUCAUUCAUAAACCCUUGAUUAUGUUAUGAGGGGGAUAGCAGAGUUCACAAAUAUGGCCCCACCUUCCCACUCGAAUGGCUAUAAGUGUCAAAACAAAAAAAAUUCCUUCCAGUAGCACCUUAAAGACCAACUAAGUUAGUUCUUGGUAUGAGCUUUCAUGUGCAUGCACACUUCUUCAGAUACACAGUUGAGGUUGAUGGACUGAGGUUGAUGGACUGCAUGCACACGAAAGCUCAUACCAAGAACUAACUUAGUUGGUCUUUAAGGUGCUACUGGAAGGAAUUUUUUUUGUUUUGACUAUGGCAGACCAACACGGCUACCUAUCUGUAACUGGCUAUAAGUGUGUAAGGGAAGAAUUCCCCCAAAGGGCUCUAAUUAUCAUUCAAAGUGCCUUUUCUCGUCUAUACAGAGCCUUACCUGCACUGAAGUGGCUUUCAGUUUAACCUGACUGGUGCUUUUUGAAAACACGUAGAGAAGGAUUAAAAACCAUUCUUUUUUUAAAAGAGAGAGAAAGAGAGAGAAAGAUUGAACUCUAAACUGUAGGCUAACCACCCAGGUUUCAAUUCCUAAACUAUUAAUCCGAAUUCAGUGAGUACACAGUGGGUUUGAAUCCUGGUCAAGAGACCUGUUUUGUUAUAGCAGAUUGUUUCCUGUGGAUAUUUGUUGUUGUUACUGUUUUUAUAACUUCUGCUUAUAAUUCUUAACACUGAUACAUUUGUGCUAUGCA